AUGAGUCCGCCUCUACCCAUCAGCACCUGCAUUAUCGAGGACUGGUUUCAUGGGCUCUACACGGCGGUCUUAAUUCUAACUUUAUGGGUUAUUGCUACGGGGAAGCAGCCUGCGAUCAACGCUUCUCGUCGAUCUUUGCAGGUGGCUCUCGUUGUCGUGCCCUACAUUUGCUCUACGGUGCAUGCCGCGGUCAACUGGCUUUGGUACGCCAACGCGGUAGAUGAUAACGAGCUUCCCAGUGGGCCAGGGUUGCUCUACUCCUUGACGCACAUCCCUGCUUGGUUAGAAGCCACCGGGGACACCUUCUUUUGCCUCAAUAUCCUUUUGGCCGAUUGUGUCUUUAUUUGGCGCUGCUCGAGAAUAUGGAAUCGCCGGUGGCAAAUUGUCAUCCUUCCCAUCCUCGCAACUAUCACGGGUGCUGUACUCGCCGGCAUAAUUAUUGCCGACCAAGUAGUCGCCCGACGCACAUCCGAGCCAUUCAUUGCAGCCAAAAAAUCAUCCGAGUUCAUCAACCUCAGUAGCAUCUACUUCUCCCUGUCCAUGGCCACGAGUCUGACCACGACCCUCCUCAUAUCUCUCCGCAUCUUCCUUGUACAGCGUGCUGCUUCUUUUGCGAGUCCACAAGCCCAUAAGCUCUUCAAUCCCAUCAUCGAAAUUCUGGUCGAGUCAGCAGCCCUAUAUUCAGCAACGCUGCUCGCGUUUGUGGUGUUCAACACUCAGAAGAGUGUGAACGUCUACUACGCACAGAACAUUCAUGCUCAACUGGCUGGACUGGCACCACUCCUCAUCAUUCUACGCAUCGCUACAGGCAGAGCUCGUCCGCAAUCCGACUGGGACACCACGAUCAGCUUUUCGACGACAAUGAAGUUCACUAAUCCCAGCAACAGCCCCAGCGUUGCGACGAUGGUGGACUCUGCCAGUUAUGAUUGUGAAGCAACCUUAUAG